AAACUGCAUUUAGUUUACUGUCUCAGUAGGGGACAGUGGACGUGGUUGUCCCUUAUCACGGCAAAAAUGAUCUGCUUUUUAGUGGCACUGGCAUAACUGGAUAUUCCAUCUUCUCUUCUGGAAAAUGCUACCAUAGACGGAGUAAAUCGCGUUGAGGUUCAUGGUGAAUCCGGUGCUGGUGCCCUCCUGUCUCCCUUGUGUACCUUUGAAGUAGGUGCAAAUGCCAAACACUUAGAGCAACAAAGACAAGUCUGCUGUCUCACUGAAGCGGGUGAGAAAACCAAGUUGCCAUGGGAAACCAGUUGACCGAGAUUGCCCCCAACACACCGUUCCUGCCUAACUUCCAGUCCUUGCACGUGGUGGUGAUUGGACUGGACUCGGCUGGCAAGACCUCCCUUCUCUACAGGCUCAAGCUGAAGGAGUUUGUAAAGACCAUCCCCACCAAGGGUUUCAACACGGAGAAGAUCAAAGUGGCGGUGGGCAACAGCCGGGCGAUCACCUUCCAGGUGUGGGACGUGGGCGGCCAGGAGAAACUCCGUCCACUCUGGAAGUCCUACACGCGUCGCACGGACGGCAUGGUGUUCGUGGUGGACUCCACCGAGGCAGAGCGCAUGGAGGAGGCCAAGGUGGAGCUGCACAAGAUCACGCGCACGUCCGAGAACCAGGGUGUGCCCGUGCUCGUGCUGGCCAACAAACAGGACCUACCGGCCGCGCUGGCCACCUCGGAGGUGGAGAAGGUGCUGGCCGUGCACGAACUGAGCGCCUCCACGCUGCACCAUGUGCAGGGCUGCAGCGCGGUGGACGGUCAGGGCCUUCAGACGGGCCUGGAGAAACUCUACGAGAUGAUCCUCAAGCGCAAGAAGAUGGUCAAGCAUAGUAAGAAAAAGAGAUGAGCGGUCUCCUUUUUUGGCGAAAAAGAAGGAGGGGUGGUCACCUCAUUGACCAACACACUCCUCUUAACCCGAACAACCUCCAGUGAGAGGGGUUCAUCCAUUGAAGGAGGAUUCUGUGGGGCAAAUCCCUGGACAAAGGAACUAUCCCAGAUGGCCCAGGGGUCAGGAGAGAAUGGAUUUGACCUUUAUGUGUCACAGAGUAUUGAACUGCUUCCUCAUUACCUAGUGUUUUUGCUCUGCGGCUGCCCCUUCUGUAUCUGAGGAAAAUGUGAUACCUAUGAUAGGCUCUAGCAUCAGCAGGAUCGUAAAGCCCUUGAAGUCUGUUAUGCCUUUCUUUUCUUUCCUCCAGCAAGAUUGCUGUAUGUAGACCCAUAGCUUUGGCAACACAUAGGUUUCUUUUGUCAGCUGCUCCUCACAGAGAUGCCUGUUUUCAGUUGUUAUUAGCCCAACUGCCUUGGCUGGUAUUAAAAAAAGGCCAUAUAAGUGUUAUGUUUUGGUAGUUGUGGAAUAAACAGUUCAAGUGAAAUCCCUUCACGUCACUAAAAAGACAGAUUAUAGUUGGAAAAAAAGGACUGUUUUUACAUGCUGUACAUAGUUUUUGUAAUGCUAAGGAAUGAAUAAAUUAUCAAGGACUUUGACACAA